AGUUAACUCUAUGAAUUUAUACCAAUUCAGUUAGCCACCAGUAAAAUAAAACCAUAGUCGACACUGCCCAAGCCAUCACCGACCCGAAUUAGCGACAGCCCUCCCAACCGCCGCCGCCAUGCAGGGCUUCAACAUGGGGCGGUACGUCCCGCCCGACCUCGAAGGCACGACGAGCGGCAACGCGCUGCACAAGAAGCGGCCGCCGGGCAUUUCGCAAGACGGGACGCAGACGGUGCGCUUCGAGAUGCCCUUCGCGAUAUGGUGUCUGCACUGCGAGAACCCCAACCCUCCUCCUCACGCCGACUCCAGCUCCGACGCGGGGGGGAAGAAGAAAGGAGGAAAGCCGACGAUCAUAGGCCAGGGCGUACGCUUCAACGCGACGAAGCGCAAGGUCGGGAAUUACCACAGCACGCCCAUCUUCGCCUUCCGCAUGCGGCACGCCGAGUGCGGCGGCUCCAUCGAGAUCCGGACCGACCCGAAGAACACGGCGUACGUCGUGGUCGAGGGGGCGCGGAAGCGGGAUACGGGGGACUCCGACUUCCCCUUCCCCCUCUCCUCAUCCCUAUCAUCAGUAGGCCCGAUCCUCACAGACAAAGAAAAGGAAGCGCUCCGCUCCGACGCGUUCGCGAAACUAGAAAAGACGAUCGCGGACCGAAAGGUGCUGGAAGACGCGCGGCAGCGCAUCGAGGAGCUGGAGGACGAGAGCGCGCGCAAGUGGGAGGACCCGUACGAGCGUAAUCGGCGACUAAGAGACGCGUUCCGGGUCGGCAGGAAGGAGCGCGAGAGGGACGCGUUGAAGACGGAGAGCUUGCGCGAGCGCAUGGGCUUGGGCAUCGAGUUGCUUGCCGCGAGCGAGGAGGACGCGAGGAGGGCUGCGCUGGUGGACUUCGGGCCCGCGGCGGCUGCCGGGGAGGGAGAGAUGGGCCGGAAGGCGUUGGCGAAGCCGCUUUUUGAUAUUGGUGUAAAAGGUACGAAAGAAGAAGACGGGAAGAGCAAAAGCAAAAGCAAGAGUAAGAGUAAGAGGUUGAAGUCUGAAGUGGCCGCUGCGCAGAUGCGGGAGAGUCUCGUGUCAGAAAUCGUGGGCAACACGAGAGUGGCUCAGGAUCCGUUUCUAUCGCUUGAUCGCGGUAAUGGAGAAAGCGGCAAGGGCUCAUCUAGAUUUAUGGGAAUCAAGAGAAAAAGACUACAGUCGGAACCGGAGUCGGAUCAUGGGUUAGAAGGGUCUAACGAACCUGGGUCGGAAAAGGGGCGCCCGACUGACGUAGAAGAGGAGAAGAUAUCGUCAUCAGCGGUGUUGGUUGAUUACGACUCGGAUUAAGGCAACAUUGCAUUAGACAUGGCGUUUACGGGAUUUACAUUUGGUCAUUACAAGAUACCCAGGUUAUAUCAUGAAGCACGACGUAUGGUUGGGCAAGGGCAGAUUCACAACAUAGGUAGAAUUGAUC